CCUGAACUUAGACCAUCAUCAACAUCCAAGAUGCCCUCACAACACCACGGUGAUAGCGGCCUCCGCAACAGGCUGGCUGCAGUGCUCCCCAAGGACCACCAAUUCGGGAUAUACCACAUUUCAACGCCGCCCACAAAGUCCGAUCCGCUGUACUCGCCCCCGCCCAGCGAACGCCCCGAGCGAACCUACUGCGAGCACCACUUCCUCGCCGUCUCCAUUGACGCCCCCAAUGCCUCCCCGACAUCGACCGAGACGGACCUCACGACGGAGAAGAGCUUGAAGAAGCAGGUUCUGGUGCUGGGCGUCGAGGUCUUCAUCUACACAACCGCCCGCUCGACCACGCUCUUCGUCUCCAAGGCCGACUCGACCGGAUACUUGAACCUCCUCAACCUCCCCAAGGGCACCGCGAGCCCCAUCCGAGAGAUAUGCGCUACAUUUGUGGGAUACUUGGUGGAGAAGCGGAAGCGGAAGGAUGUGCAAUUCAUCGUUAGCCUGUUUGCUCGAGCCCAGGACCAGUACCUGUUCCCCGGGAGCGUCGACUACAGCGGGAAGCAUGUCCUGGACGACCGAGGCCUCAUUAAAUGGUGGUGCCGUGUGUUGGAUCCGCUCUUGGGUCCUGCUCCUAUUGGAACUACGGCGCCCUGGAAGACUUCCAAGGCCUACCUGGUCGUCCCCGGUCUCGAGACGUACGAAACCAAGGCGCUGAUCGCCCGAAAUGCGGGUGCCUCUUCCUGGUCCCUUGCACACCCCCUGGAGCGCAUCUCCCACUACUAUCGCGAAUUUGACUGGGUCCCGCCCCGAUGCCUGAUCCCUCACUUUCCCGACGACCCCAAGUCUCGUUUCCGAGACGAAUUGGACGAGGAGGCUGCCAGUUCAGGGGCCAUGAAAACGACGGGUAGCUGGAAGAGCGUCAAGACCCUGGACACCUUUUGGGAAAUGAUGGCAUACAGGCAAGAGUGUUCCAGUGGCCGCAUGACGGGCUUCAUCUGGGUCGUUUUCGAUGAUGUGGAGGAAGCCCCCGCUCCAGCACCGGCGUCAGCAGCCGCAACUCAGCCUACAGCCUCACCAGAAACGCCUAAGAAGCAACGCAUGGUGGCAUGCGUGACACCCAACACUACGCCGCGCAAGCUGUUCCCGUCAAAGGCAGACCUCUUGAAGAUAGACCAGGACAAGGCGAAGGAGAAGAGGACGCCAAAGAAGAAGACCCUCAAGGGCCUAAUCGUUCCCCGGAACCCUCGCAUCAAGAAAGAGCAGCGCAAUUAUCUGCUGGACCGCCCCGCUUCAACGGCAUAUUACACUUGGCCUCCCCAGGGCCGUGGCGAGAGGAUCGUCGACGAGAAUGAAUAUAAGCGCAUCGUCGAACUCUUGCUGCAUCUGGAAUUCACAACCCUGAACAAGGCCACGGCUAGUACCCGGCGAUGGGUUAGCGAGGUUGGCACUGGCAGCAAAUGGGGAGCCAUCGUGACCGGGACCCGUGAGCUUCCAGCACCCAGCCAGAACGGCGCUGGAACUGUGAGCCAAAUCAACAAUCUGGCGGGGCUUGUUAAGAGAAAGCGUACCGACUCGGCGAGCAAGGCGCCAGAGGAGCCGAACACCAAGGUCAACGUCCUCAGCGCUGGCCUGGUCAAACGGAAACCGAAGGAGGAGGAAGUGACCAAGAGCGACGAACAAAAGGAGCCAGCAGUCAAUGUUCUCUCCACCGGCCUGGUUAGGAAGAAGCCAAAGGCUUAAAAUUGGGUUGUGGAUUGUAUUACUUAGAGUAUGGCGUUGGACCUGGACGAUGGCAAACCAUCAGGCUGGACGGAUAUCUGUUGGGGAUUCUGAGCCGGAGUCGGGGGAAUGUAUCUGCUGUAACAAUAGGAAUUAUUUGGUAAUUAAGAUGAAUUGUAAUCAGCAACUUAACAACA